AUGUCAUAUCCUCGCCGACGAGUGCGAUUUUCCGAUGACCCACAGCACCAGACAGAUACCGGGCCACCACCUCUCGCAGAAACUCCCUCGGCUCCCUCAACGACCCCAGGCGACGUCGCGACGGGAUUCGAUGAUAUUUACAAUGCAUUGACACCCCGGCAGUUCGCCGUUAUCACGGUGGGAUCCGCCAUCGGAACCGGCUUGAUGAUCGGGACGGGAAGGGCGUUGUCCAUAAGCGGCCCCGCCGCCAUCACGAUCUCCUAUACUGUCGUCGGAUUCUCCGUUUAUCUGGUUCUAUCGGCCCUGGGCGAGGUCGCCGCUUGGCUACCCAGGCCAUAUACCGUCGCAGAUCAGGCAGUCCGGUUCUGUGAUCCGGCACUAGGGUUCAGCUUGGGUUGGAUAUACUGGCUGAAAUAUGCUAUUGUCACACCGAAUCAAUUGACCGCCGCGGCCUUGUUGAUAUCGUACUGGCUAGACCCCGAGCGAGUCAAUCCAGGUGUCUGGAUUACCGUCUUCCUUUUGACCAUUACUGCGCUGAACUACCUCCAUCAUGGACUCGCCAGCCAAGUGGAGUUUUAUGUAUCAUCAUUCAAGCUGUUGGUCAUGUUCGCACUUAUGAUUCUGUCCCUUGUCAUUGCUCUUGGUGGAGGUCCAGACCGUGACAUGCGUGGGUUUCGAUACUGGAAGGGCUCCGGCUCAUUUGGGAGUCGAUAUGAUCACAGCCUGGUCGAGAAUCUUGUCUUGACUUGUGGGACGAUGUCUUCGGCCGCUUUCGUGUAUAUCGGGAGCGAGCGGGCUGGCAUCAUGGUCCAGUCCCCGAACGUGCGGAAAGCGAUCUCUCGUUCCAUCAAGCACACCUUCUACCGGAGUCUGGUCUUUCACCUACUUGCAAUUAUCCUGCUCGGAAUGCUUGUGCCUCAUGACUCGAUCGCUCUCGCUUUCUAUCGCAAAGCACAAAAAGGUGCGGCAGCCUCGCCAUUUGUGGCGGCGCUAUACCUGGCUGGAAUUCCCGUCGUCCCCGAUAUCCUGAACGCCUUUAUACUGCUAUUCGUUCUGUCCAUCGCCAACUACGAUCUCUGGCUCGCUACCAAGGCAAUGUGUGAUUUGGCCAUCAAACACAGAGCGCCUGCGUUUUUGUCGCGCGUUAAUCGAAGAGGCGUUCCUGUCUAUGCGCUGGCAGUAUGUGCCUCUGUAGCAACCCUCGCCUACCUCAAUGUGCCUCAAGAUACCGCCCUCAUGUUCGGAUACUUCAUGGACACCGUCACGAUGCUGGGUCUCCUGACCUGGAUAUCUAUACUCCUCACCCAUUUAUCCUUUGUGCGAGCACGAAGAGCCCAAGGAAUCGACGACAAAGACCUCUCCUUCAAAGCUCAGUUUGGCCCUGCGGGAACCUGGCUGGCCUUGGCCCUGUGUCUUUUCAUUUCCACAACCAUGAUCUUCGGGGCCUUUUCUUUCGAGUCUGGUGAGAUCAAAUUCGACUAUCGGUCCUUCGUGGCGUCGUAUAUCGGCAUCCCCAUUUAUCUUUCCUUGUAUAUCGGCCACAAGGUCGCCAGGAAGAGUAAGCAUGUUAUUCCAAGUGAAGUGGAUCUGUGGACGGACAAACAAGAACCUCCGAAUGAGUUGGAAGAGAUUCGCCCGGAAUAG